AAACUAUUGCGAUUUACUUUCAGAAAAAAACAACAACUUCAAGAUGAAACUUGCUUUUGCUCUAUUGUUGGUGCUACCAGUUGUAUUUUCUAUGCCACAGAAAAGACUUGUUUUUGAUACUUUGUUCCAAGCUGGUGAACUGAAAACAUUAGUAGAUGGUAUUGUAGGAACAUUAGGUACUGAUGCCACCGAACAACAAUGUGAAACUGAAUGUCACACACUCAUCCAAAUGGACCAUCUCCUUCAAUUCGGAUGUCCAUUGGUUUGUAAAAGUUUACAGAGUCUGGCUCACCGUUUUGGACAUGCUACAGUUGCACCAACUGUUUAAAAACUGAAAAUAAAUCUAUAAGAUUUACAGCA